UUAAAUAAACAGGAAAUUCCAACUGUGCCAAUAUUCCAGAUUUCUCAUCUUUUGAUUCAUUGACCUCAGCUCUUCUCAGUUGUGCUCUCAUUUUCUAGUCUCUUCUUUAUCAGCUCAGUGAAAUGGCUACCCAACAAAGUAAAACUCCAGGUGACAUUUUUCAAGAGAAGUUUGGCAAAAUUUGUCCAUUAAUUGGAAAAAGAGAAAACUUCAAUACUGUUACUGGCAAUUUCUUUGAAAAAAAAUUACUUGCAAAAAAAAAACUUGAUCAAAUAGAUUCCCAACCAAAUCUUAAUGAUGAGGAGAGAGGACGUGAGGUAGCUAAGAGUCUACUUGAAAAAAUUAAUGAAGAUGAAGAUCAGGCUGCCCAGUGUUUACUGAAGAUAUGUGAUGUGUUUCAAAGCAAAGAUGUGGAUAAUGAACCAUUGAGGAAAAUUGGAGCAAGCAUGAGAGAAAAGUUAUCAACUAAAGCAAAUCAAACUUCAGGACACCAAGGUAAAAAGAUAGAUAAAGACAAUGGCCAUGAUGAAACUGAUAGUGGAUCACAAGAUGGAGCAACUCAACCCCCAAAACAAGAUAGUGAAAAAAAGAAAUCUGAUGAACCACAAGCAACUCAAAAUUCCAAACAAAAAGAUAAAGAAAGUGGUGAUGAGGAGACUGAUGGACCAGCAGAAGGAGGCUAUCAUCUUCCAAAAUACUGUAAAGCUAAACAACUGAAGAAAUGGGGUGCUUUGACUGUUUCAGCUAUUAUUAUUGUUUUGGCUGGUGUAACUAUAAAUCAUCUUAUCGAGGGAAAGAAAGAUGCCGCUACUGAUGCUUCUCCAUCUUUAACAGGACAGCCUCAUCAUGGUACUCCAGAUGGAGUCAGACAACUAGAUGCAGAGGAUGUUGAUAAAAUACUUAUAGUGCUAGAUAAAGUAUUCUUUGGUGCAGCAAAAUGGAAUGACUUGGGGCUUCAGUUAUGUCUAUAUCAGCCAAAACUCAAUGUCAUUGCAGACGGUGGUGAUGCAUACAGGCACUUGAGGAAGACUAUAGAAGCAUGGCUAAAUAGUGAAGAUAAUGCAAGAAGUAGAACAUGGCAGACUUUGAUAGAUGCAGUGAGGGGAACAGGGAAUCGUGCAGCUGCUGAAAAAAUGCCUCAAAAACUGAAAGAACUCUAUAACAUUACUGUUUAAGAGUGAAGUACAUGUUAAGUUUUAUAGUGUUAAGAAUAAAACCACAGGUAAAUCAACAUAAAA